AUUGGCUCAAGUCCAGCCUAUGUCAGUUGUGAGUAGGGACGCGAUGUCUGUGCCUGAACAGAGCUUCCUGCAGGCUCAGGACCCACACUUGCCCCUCGCUGAUGCCUGGUGGCCCAUGAGAAAUGAGUUGAGCCACAGUGAGCAACUAGCCUCAGGAGGGAAGCUGCAACAGUCAAAGCCCACUAGAAGCCUCUCGAGAAAACGGGAUGAAGAUGCAUCCACUGAAGUGGGAGAAGGGCAAGAUGAAUGGGCACAAGCAAAAACUCUAAUCAAACCCCCAGAUCAGCUGGAGCUGACUGAGACAGAAUUAAAAGAGGAGUUUACACGUAUCCUGACUGCCAAUAACCCUCAUGCUCCGCAGAAUAUCGUCAGAUACAGCUUUAAAGAACGGACAUACAAACAGAUAAGCAGUGUGGACCAGAUGGCCAUCCACUUCUCCCUGGAUGGAAACCUGUUGUCCUUAGACUCAGAUGAAGGCAGACGACAGAGUGCCAGAAGAGCUACAAUGACAGAACUGACCCCUGUUGGGUCCUCCAUGGUAGAAAUUGAAGAGAUAGAGGUUAUAGAAGAAAGCAGCAAAGAAGAUCUACUGGCUGCGGGAGCAGAAGAAGCUGCAGAGGCUGCAGAAACGAUUGAACCUGUGGAAGCAGAGGAGCCUUCUCCCCAGCCAGCAAAAGAACAGAAGCUCACCAACCAGUUCAACUUUUGCGAGAGGGCCUCGCAGACAUUCAACAACCCGCUGCGGGAAAGAGCAUGUCAGAUGGAGCCUCCUCCUAGAGCCAACUUUUCAGCCACUGCUAACCAGUGGGAGAUUUAUGAUGCUUAUGUGGAGGAACUUCAGAAACUGGAAAAGUCAAAGGAGAAAGAGAAGCAAAGAGCCCUAGUUACAAAGAAAGAAGACAAGAGGAGGGGAGGAAAGUUGACCUCUCUAGAGUCUCAGAGCGAUGAUGUAACCAAGGUGACAAAGGCAGCCAAAAUCAUGGAGCGGAUGGUGAAUCAGAACACCUUUGACGACAUUGCACAAGACUUCAAAUAUUUCGAGGAUGCCUCUGACGAGUACCGGGACCAGCUGGGCACCCUCCUCCCGCUGUGGAAGUUCCAGUACGACAAAGCCAAGAGGCUUGCAGUGACUGCCAUCUGCUGGAAUCCGAAGUACAAAGAUCUGUUUGCAGUGGGACAUGGCUCUUAUGACUUCAUGAAGCAGAGCCGGGGCAUGCUCCUGCUGUACAGCAUGAAGAACCCCUCCUUCCCUGAGUACACCUUCAGCAGCGAGAGCGGCAUCAUGUGCCUUGACAUCCAUAACGACUACCCCUACCUUCUGGCGGUGGGCUUCUAUGAUGGCAACGUGGCCAUCUACAACCUGAAGAAGCCGCACUCCCAGCCCAGCUACAAGAGUUCUGCCAAGGCAGGGAAGCACACCGACCCCGUAUGGCAGGUCAAGUGGCAGAAGGAGGACAUGGACAAUAAUUUGAACUUCUUCUCCAUCUCAUCCGACGGGAGGAUUGUGUCCUGGACUUUAGUUAAGAAUGAGCUGGUUCAUACAGAUGUCAUCAAGCUGGUGGUAGAGGGAGCAACAAUAGAGGGGCCAGAGGGACUGCAGCUGCACACAAUUGGCUGUGGAACAUCGUUUGAUUUCCACAAGAAGAUUGAUUACUUAUUCCUUGUUGGCACUGAAGAAGGGAAGAUCUACAAGUGUUCCAAGGCCUAUUCAAGCCAGUUCCUGGACGUAUUUGAUGCCCAUCACAUGGCUGUGGAUGCCGUGAGCUGGAACCCUUUCCACAUGAAAGUCUUCAUCUCCUGCAGCUCUGACUGGACUGUCAAGAUCUGGGACCACACCAUCAAGACGCCAAUGUUCAUCUAUGACCUGAACUCUGCUGUGGGCGACGUUGCCUGGGCACCUUUCUCUUCCACUACCUUUGCUGCGGUCACCACUGAUGGGAAGGCCCACGUGUUUGAUCUGAGCAUUAACAAGUACGAAGCGAUCUGCUCCCAGCCUGUGGUGGCCAAGAAGAAAAACAAGAUCACCCACGUCCAGUUUAACCCCGUCUACCCUGUCAUCAUCAUCGGGGACGACCGAGGCCAUGUGACCAGCCUGAAGCUCUCCCCCAAUCUGCGCAAGAUGCCUAAGGAGAAGAAGGGCCAGGAGGUGCAGAAGGGCCCUGAGGUGGAGAUCGCCAAGCUGGACAAGCUGCUCAACCUGGUGCGGGAACCAGACAGCAAGCAGGCCAAGUGAGCGGGUGCAGCUCAGCCCCUGCCCCUCGCACAUCACCCGAGCUGGGCGUCUCCACGGACGAGCUCGUCUCCUGGCUGCCCCGCAGGCCGUGCCCAUCCUAGCCCCGCACAUGCCGGCACGUGCUGCCCA